GUUCUUUCGCAGGUAAAGCGGCAGCAAAGGUGUCAUCUUCGAUUCACAAUGGUGAAAGGUCGCCAAGGAGAGCGCGUCAGGCUCUAUGUUCGUGGAACCAUUUUGGGUUACAAGAGGUCGAAGUCGAAUCAAUAUCCAAAUACGUCACUGAUUCAGAUCGAAGGGGUGAACACCAAGGAAGAAGUGGGAUGGUACUGUGGGAAGCGAAUGGCGUACAUUUACAAGGCUAAAGUGAAGAAAAAUGGGUCACAUUAUCGUUGCAUUUGGGGUAAAGUAACUAGGCCUCAUGGCAAUAGUGGUGUUGUUCGUGCUAAGUUCAAGUCUAAUCUCCCUCCUAAAUCCAUGGGUGAUAAAGUUAGAGUUUUCAUGUAUCCCAGCAACAUUUGAGAUGCUAGGUAGGAAUUGCAAGUUGGUAGGAUGAGUUGUGCAAGUCGGGACUGGAUUGCAAUUUAGAGCUAUAUUUUAUAUCUAUGAUGAUUUUGGUAGCUUUUUGUAUUUCUUAAGAUAAUCAAUAUUGUUAAGUUCAAAAUGUGGAAUCUUUGUUAUUGAUAAAAUAUCAGUAUAUUUUUGGAUCUUAAAAGCAUGAAUGCAAGCCAUUUUGAAAUA